ACCGCGAAUAGGUGCGCAUCUUCGCAUCUUGGCAACUCCGUCGCGUCGCCCAAAAACCAAAAAACUCGAAAAAAGGCCGAAACGAAAAGACCGAAAACGAGUUACAGUCACUGGCUAAGUCGCAGUCGCAGUCACUGCCGUCACCGUUGAGAUCCCGCUGACAGGUUGCGGAACCCGUUUUUACUGGAGCGUCGCCAGCGGAUCGGAUCGGCAGAUGCAACCGCCGUAAAUAAUAAAGUGCGUGCAAUAACUAAAAAAUAAAUACAAAAAGAAAUCAUAGUCCCAAUUCUUAUUGGGUCGAAAAAGUAUAAAACCAACCUCAACUGUUAAAAAAAAAUUCUAAAAAUAACUACAAAAAUUAAUAUGAUGAACCUUAAAAACAAACUGUCUAUAAAUAUCAACAAACUCUCGCGUUAAUUUAAGUGCUGACCUUAAAAAUGGACCCUAUAGCCCAAAAAAUCCAAACAUUUCAAAAGCUAACUUUUAAUAAAAAUUUAAACAAGUGUUUUUUAUAAAAAAAAAAUAAAGUAAUAUCCCCAAAAAACUUAAAUUUCUCAAAAAUAUUAACCAUAGACCCACAACCAUAAAAGAAAUAAAUCCCAAAUCAGUUAGCAAACAUUUAAGACCCGCUGACAUUCUUUGACUAAAGACUGAAGAGCCGCGUACAUUAUUUGUAAAUCUGUUUGCGGCAAACACUUGAAGCCAAUUUGGUUUGCUGGCUGUGUGUUUUUUCACAUUUCGAAACCGGCCGCCAAAGAGUCAAGCAGAGUCAAUAAAAAUGAAGUAAAAACGGAUGAAAAAAGAGCAAAGUCACACAAAACAAACAAAACAUUUUCCGGCUCCGGCGACAUUAACAGAACUGCUCGACAUCGACAAUUUGUUUUAUCAAUUUUCAACAAGGCCAGCAGCAACAACAAUAGCGCAACACCCGACAAGCCAGCAAACAACAAAAGCGCCCAGAGUGCUUAGCCGUUGAGCACGCACGCCAAAGCCACCCAACGCCCAGCCACCCAUCGCCCAACCACCCACGCGAACCUCCCUUAACCACCCAACACCCCCACAUCCUUGGGCACCGGCACCCAACCCCUUUUCGAGGGCUCCGCCAGCAUCCGCAAACGUACUCGCAUCCACAUCCGCAUCCUCGAUAGCCAAAAAAGGAGGAAAAUAAUAAACAACGACGGACGCCCCACAGUGAAGCCAGGCACAGUGAAACCGCUUGUCGCCGCUUUUUUAAGCCAAUUCAGCCAGCGAGACAAUGGCUGCAUAUGCGCAGUUUGGAUACGCUGGCUACCCGACGGCAAAUCAGCUGACUACCGCCAAUACCGACAGUCAGAGCGGCCAUGGCGGAGGCUCGCCGCUGUCCGGCACGAAUGAGGCUUCCCUCAGUCCCUCGGGCGGUUCAACGGCCACCGGGCUGACCGCCGGUCCUCUGAGUCCAGGUGCAGUUUCCCAGUCGUCGCACCAUGCGGGCCACAAGGGCCUCUCCACGUCGCCGGCGGAAGAUGCGGUGGGUGGGGCCGAUCUACCGGGAGGCCUUUCAUCCGCCGCCCAGGACCUGCCCGCCCGCGGAUCCUGCUGCGAGAACGGGCGACCCAUCAUCACGGAUCCCGUGUCCGGCCAAACCGUGUGCUCCUGCCAGUACGAUCCCGCCCGGCUGGCCAUCGGUGGCUACUCCCGCAUGGCGCUGCCCUCCGCCGGCGUGGGCGUCUACGGCGGACCGUAUCCCUCCAACGAGCAGAACCCCUACCCGAGCAUCGGAGUGGACAACUCGGCCUUCUACGCACCUCUGAGCAAUCCCUAUGGCAUCAAGGACACCAGUCCCAGCACCGAGAUGAGCGCCUGGACAUCGGCGAGUCUGCAGUCCACCACCGGCUACUAUUCCUACGACCCCACGCUGGCGGCCUACGGAUACGGUCCUAACUAUGAUCUCGCCGCCAGACGGAAGAACGCCACCCGCGAAUCGACGGCCACGCUGAAGGCUUGGCUGAGUGAGCACAAGAAGAACCCGUAUCCCACUAAGGGGGAGAAGAUCAUGCUGGCCAUCAUCACCAAGAUGACGCUCACCCAGGUGUCCACCUGGUUUGCCAACGCCCGGCGAAGGCUGAAAAAGGAGAACAAGAUGACCUGGGAGCCCAAGAAUAAGACCGAGGACGAUGACGAUGGCAUGAUGUCGGACGAUGAGAAGGAAAAGGAGUCCGGCGAUGGUGGAAAACUCUCCACCGAAGCUUUUGAUCCCGGCAAUCAACUUAUCAAAUCCGAGCUGGGCAAGGCGGAAAAGGAGGUGGACCAGAGUGACCAGAAGCUGGAUCUCGUUGACCGGGAGCCGCACAAUCUGGUGGCCAUGCGGGGACUGGCGCCCUAUGCCACGCCCCCCGGCGCCCAUCCCAUGCACGCGGCCUACAGCUCGUAUGCGCAAUCCCACAACACGCAUACGCACCCGCAUCCCCAGCAACUGCACCACCAGCAGCAGCAGCAAAGUCAGCAGCAACAGCUGCAGCAGCACCAGCAGAUGGAGCAGCCCUACUACCAUCCGGGUGGCGGCUAUGGAGGUCAGGAGGAAUCAGGAGGCGACUUUGCGGCCCAAAAAAACCCGCUGAGCAGAGACUGUGGCAUCCCAGUUCCGGCGAGCAAGCCCAAGAUCUGGAGCGUGGCCGACACAGCCGCCUGCAAGACACCACCGCCCACCGCGGCGUACCUCGGCCAGAACUUCUACCCGCCGUCCUCGGCGGCGGAGCAGCAGUACCACCAAUCGCAGCAGCAUCAGCAUCACCCACAUCCUCAUCCGCAUCCGCACCACUCGAUGGAGCUCGGUUCGCCGCUGAGUAUGAUGAGCAGCUACGCCGGCGGAUCGCCAUAUUCGCGGAUACCUACGGCGUACACCGAGGCCAUGGGCAUGCAUCUGCCCAGCAGCAGCAGCAGAAGUUCCUCCUCCGGCAAGGUGCCGCCGCCCAGCACCACCACCCAUACGCAUCCCAUCAAUCAUCAUCCGCCGCAGCGGGUGGGGUUUCCCGAGAUCCAGCCCGAUACGCCGCCCCAAACGCCGCCCACUAUGAAGCUCAACAGCAGCGGCAGCAGCAGCAGCAGCGGGAGCAGCAGCCACAGUUCCUCGAUGCAUUCCGGUGCUCCGGUGACGGUGGCUUCCAUGGUCAACAUUUUGUACAGUAACGAGGCUGGCGGUGGGGGAUAUGGUCACGGGUCCGCCUGCCACAUGGGUGGCUCCUACCACCUCACGGAGGGCCGUUCCGGGUCGUAAUUCGACCUUGAACCAGUUACCAGUAAGCAGUUACCAGUACCAGUUACCGUUACCAGAUACCAAAUAGCCAAGCAGCAAGCGAAACUACUUACACAUUUCGACGGCGGGGACAAGUGCAAGUUGGCGGGGCAGCCCGCGAUUAAGAUUAGGAUUACGAGUACGAGUACGAUUACCAGAUAGCGAUAACUACACUAAUUAUUUUGCAAUAAAUGUAGCCUAAGUACGGCAAUAAAACUUUAUUUCCUACCAUAUCAUAAAUUAUUUCGCUUUAUAACUUUAAUUAGCAUAUUUACACUCGACCGCUGAAAAUUUGCGAGACACACACGUCUCGGUGGGGCGGUGGUUAGGGAGUUCAGUGGUUCGGUGGUUCGGUAGUUCGUCGGUUCGGUGGUGGGGUGUCUCUACGCCCACUUUUUGGGUGCUUCGGAGACGGAGGGCCGUGUGUUUGUCAUGUUUUUAGCCCGGGGUUGAGUCACUCGGCUCCGGGUUUAAUGACUCGAAAUAAACGCACACCACACGAACUCAUUCAUCUUUCGAGCUGGCUGAGCUGAGUCGAGUCGAGUCGUCCCAGUGGCAUACCAAUAAUAAUGCCAGCCCGUACUACUCCACCGGGCUAUAAAUCAAGCGAACUUUUUGUCUUAGCUCGUACACAACACUAACAUUUCCUACCUUAAGUGCUUAAUCCACACUCAACUUGAUAAUUUUAAAUAGCUACCGCAUUAGACCUUAAGAGAACUUCACGUUGUAUUAGUGCUAAUAUCAUAAAUUGGAGAAACGGAACAUUAGUUUCCCCAAAUCCAAAUCCUAUCCAUAAGAAAUAGUUAAGAUUUUGCCUAACCCUUCGACUUUAUGCAUUAGACAUGUACUCGGCCAAAUAAUUAAUCCGUGCAAACAUAAAUAGUUACUUAAACGUAAUCGUGUAAUUAGUUACCUUAUUCGUUUGAUAAAUUUGUAGAGAAAUUUAAGUAUCUGUGAUAUAUGCAUAUAAACACAUACAUACAAUACAUACGUACUAUACGAGUAAUUAGCUGCGGUAAUUUAGUUAAUUCACACAUACUUCUUCGUACACAAAUGCACUUACGUUCAGACGUUCGACAACUGGUUCAAGACAUUUUUAAUGGCAUACAUUUUGUAAUUGUAAAUAGUAUUUAUGUAAAUUUGCAAAUUUAAUGAUAAAUAAAGUUGAAUAAAAUCA